UUGUUGUGGAGAGGGGCUGUUUUAAAUGUGCGUCCCGGUGACAAUUAGUGGACUGUUCCUGGAGCACCUGGGACCACUGGGAUGGUGUGACCUGCAGCCAUCCGAGGGCUGCGUACUCCUGGGUCAAAAUGCCUGUGAUGAAGGGCCUCCUGGCCCCUCAGAACACCUUCCUGGACACCAUCGCCACACGCUUCGAUGGCACUCACAGUAACUUCCUGUUGGGGAAUGCCCAAGGUCAUCGCGGUUACCCCAUCGUCUACUGCUCAGAUGGUUUCUGUGAGCUGACCGGCUUCACUCGUACUGAGGUGAUGCAGAAGAACUGCAGCUGCCGAUUCCUGUAUGGGACAGACACAAGCGAACAUGUGGCCCAGCAAAUGGAGAAGGCUCUGGAGGGGCGCGAGGAGUACCAGGGAGAGGUGCACUUCUACAAAAAGAAUGGAGCAGCUUUUUGGUGUUUGCUGGACAUUGUUCCCAUCAAGAACGAAAAAGGUGAAAUGGUCCUCUUUCUAUUCUCCUUCAAGGACAUUACAGACACUCAUGGCAAAAGCAACCACAACAGCAAGAGUGAAGUUUCGGACGACAAACGGCGAAGAAGAAAGAGCAGCUCCCACUUUAGCGAAGCCAGGAAGCGUGGGCGGACCAUGUUGUACCAGCUGACCAGCCAAUUCUCCAGCAAAGGCGAUGUCAACUUGAGUGGCAACGUGGGUGAUAAACCAUCGGUGCCUGAGUACAAGGUCGCGGCGGUGCAGAAAUCCCACUUCAUCCUGCUCCACUACAGUCUGGUGAAGGCGCUCUGGGACUGGCUCAUCCUCAUUGCCACUUUCUAUGUUGCCGUCAGUGUCCCAUACAACGUGAGCUUCACCCCGUUUGCUGUCUCUGAACGCUCCACCAUGGGGACUGACAUUGCCGUGGAAAUGCUAUUCAUUAUUGACAUAAUCCUAAACUUCCGAACCACCUACGUGAGCAAGUCGGGCCAGGUGGUGUACGACGCACGCUCUAUUUGCAUUCACUAUGUCACCACCUGGUUCUUCGUAGACCUGGUGGCCGCUCUGCCCGUUGACCUGCUGUACGUCUUCAACAUCACAGUGACCUCUCUGGUUCACUUGCUGAAGACCGUGCGCUUGUUGAGGCUGCUUCGUCUGCUCCAAAGGCUGGACCGCUAUUCUCAGUACAGCGCCAUGGUGUUGACCCUCCUCAUGUCCGUGUUCGCCCUCCUCGCUCACUGGAUGGCCUGUAUCUGGUAUCUUAUCGGACGCAAAGAGAUUGAAACUGACAACUGGGACAUAGGAUGGCUGCACGAGUUGGGCAAACGUCAGGAGACUCCAUACCUCAACGGCUCCGUUGGCGGCCCCUCGGUGCGCAGCUCCUACAUCGCUGCCCUGUACUUUACCCUAAGCAGCCUGACCAGCGUGGGCUUCGGCAACGUCUGCGCCAACACAGACGCUGAAAAGAUCUUCUCCAUCUGCAUCAUGCUGAUUGGCGCUCUCAUGCAUGCUCUGGUCUUUGGAAAUGUGACUGCCAUCAUACAGAGGAUGUACUCGCGGCGCUCGCUGUAUCACACACGUAUGAAGGACCUGAAAGACUUUGUCCGCGUGCACCACCUGCCCCAGCAGCUCAAACAGCGCAUGCUGGAGUAUUUCCAGACCACGUGGUCUGUCAACAAUGGCAUAGAUGCCAAUGAGCUCCUCCACGACUUUCCUGACGAGCUGCGGGCUGAUAUCACCAUGCAUCUGAAUAAGGACAUUCUUCAGCAGCCUGUCUUUAAAGGGGCCAGUCGCGGCUGCCUGCGCUCCCUCUCACUGCACAUAAAAACCUCCUUCUGUGUCCCAGGGGAGUACCUAAUCCGACAGGGCGACGCGUUGCAUGCCAACUACUUUGUCUGCUCGGGGUCGCUGGAAGUGUCCAAAAACAACACGGUGCUGGCUAUAUUAGAAAAAGGAAAUUUGAUUGGAUGUGACUUGCCCGCGAUGGAGCAGGUGAUCAAAACCAACGCAGAUGUCAAGGCAUUGACCUACUGUGACCUGCAGUAUAUCAGUGUGAGGGGGCUGAGGGAGGUGCUUGAGCUGUACCCCGAAUAUGCCAACGUGUUCAACUCUGAGAUCCACAACAACCUCACCUACAACUUGCGCGAGGGCAGCCAAGAGGAGAGUAUUGCCAGGUGCCCAAGAUCACCGCGACCUCAUGAAUCUAGACUUCCCUCUAUCGUGGAGACUCAGAGCGAUGACUCAGAUCACCAAUCACCAGCCACUCGUUCGCGCCGCAACCUCCUGCUGCCCAAUUUCAGCAGCCCGGUCCGUCGCACCUCCCUGGGCAACCUCCUGGGGGACGAGCUGCGGCAGUUCACCGCCCUGAGGCACUGUCGAUCACCCAACCUCAGUCGUAGUAUCCCCAUGCCCUCCCUCUCCCCUCAGCCCUCCUCCAGACGGGAGCACAGAGCGGCUACGUCGCCCUGUAUCUCCACCCGUGCUAAGUCAGAGGCAGAGCUGAAGCCGUCAAAGCUGCUCAUCCCAACUGUCACCUGCUUCGGCCCACCAGACCUCAGUCCCAGAGUCGUAGAUGGCAUUGAGGACAACGAGCACACUUUUCAUUUCAACGUGGAGCACAGUGAGCCCAAAACACGUGCAGGAGGCAGCAACACCCAAGAUACAAAACAGGCCACUGCCACUUUACUCAUGGAAACAGAGGAGGUCCGGGAGACCAUUGGUGCAUUAAAUCAAAAGAUGGAAAUAUUAAACCAGGAAGUGUCAGAGCUCACCAAGAACCUACACCACAUGAUGCAUCUGCUGGAGGCUCACGUUUCCACUCUUCACUUCAACCCCAUCCACGGAACACACCACUACAACACCCCAUCUCCUCACGCCGCAGCCCCCAACUCAGACACAGGGGGGCGCCAGACUGUCCCAACUGCCCCAACUUCAGGACUAUGGGGCCACGUGGUGCACAGUCCUCGCUCCUCCAGUCCAACUGCCACUAGACAGACUGUUGAAAGUGCGAGCAGCGUGGUUACAACUCACUCCUGGACUGGGUCGUCUCUCCUUUGCAGUAAUUUUCAGAGCGUGGACAGUAGACCCCCAAAUAGUUCGAUCAGCCAAUCCCAGCCCACCUUGUGCCUCCAACCCCCAAAUACUGACUCUUGCCUUCUGUCUACAGGGGAAUCUACUCAGAGCCUUCAAGUCCAGUCACUAAGUUCAUAUCCUCUCCUCUGUCCUCCACCUGAAAAAAAGCCCUCACUACAAGCUUCAAAUCCAUCCCACAAUAUAACUCCAAAUAUCACAGUCUUAUCUAUGGCAGCAUCUCCUCCAGUGUACCCUAGGAACGCUCCACGCUCCUCCUUGGAUUUAGGAAGGCUGCGGGGAGAUGCUCAGGAGCACCCCCUAGUAGAGCAUGAGAGCCUGGAGUCUCUUUUGGGUAAUGGAGGGUCAAAGGAGAAAAGUGACAGUGGAGUCCAGACACAAAGCACAGAGCAGUCCUGGUGUCUAGACCUCACGGAGUAAAGCACAAGACUUUAAUAAUGGGACAGUUAAUAUACUACAGUGUUCAGAGACUCAUUAGACAUGCAUUGAUCAGAUAUAAUAUUGUAAGUACAGACAGAUGAAGUUUGAAAUGAAACGUAGCAAAUGUGAAGUGGGUGCCCUCUUGUGGUUAAACUACAAACUACA